GAUGGAGACCGGCGAAACCCCUGUAUCAAUCUACACAAUAGGGGUCAGCUUAGGCGCGGACCUCGAUCUCCUACGGAGAUGCUGCAGAGUUGAUCAUGGAGAUAGAAGGAGGGCAAGGGUGGGAGGGGCAGAAGAGGCGCAAGAAUCAAGUCCCGUCUCCCACAUCGCCCUCCGUUGCUCGUGGAUACACGAUUGUGGAAGAAGACGAUGUCGCGCUUGCUAGGUCCAGGCCCCCAAUGCCAUCGGGUUCAGCAGACGAGUUGCAGGAGGAUCUGGAAAAUCACACCGUCAGCAAGGAGGAUGAGGAGUUCCGCCGAUGCCUUGCGGUUCUGUCCACCAGGCGUCGUCCCGGCACCCUCGUCGGGCGAAGGUUGGACAACGAACGGCAACGCCUGGUGUAUGAACGCCUUGUGCUCUACCGCAUCAGGGCUUCCAAGCACGCAGCCAAGCCGACGGCUGCGCCGCCGGUCUCCGCCGCUCGCCGGCGAUUCCGCCACCCCUCUCUCUCUCUCGCCCCUCUCUCGCCCCGCCCCGCCACCGCGCCGCCCCGCCUAUCGCCCCGCUGUCGCCGCAUUGCCGCCGCCAACGCGGGCGGGAGCCGGCGGCAGCGAGCGGUACCGCCCGGCGCCAGCCGCAGCGCCCCGCGCUCCCGUCCCGCCCCCACUCCCGCCCCUCUCUCGCCCGGCGGCGGGCGGUACCGCCCGCGCUGCCGCCCGCGUUGGCACCAGCCUUACAAUGACCCACUGUGUUACCAUGGCCAAGUGGACACCUGCGACUGGUACUUCGACCGUGACUACGCUGUUCACUCCUACUUGACUGACUACCAGCGCCUUGUCCUUGCUAAUGGAGAUGAUGGUAUGAUGUUCCUCGAGUGGGAGAAGUACAGGUCGUGGUUUACUAGCUACGAAAUAGAUACAGAGUAUAUCAAGUACUUUGAAGAAAUAUCAACGAAAAUUAAGUGGAUUAAAGAGUACAUGGAAUGUGAACGAGAAUCUCAUGAGUGGAUGGACAUGGAAGCUAGAGGAUUUCAGCAAGCAGUGAAGAUCGCGGUAGACUUUCCCUGCAUCAGCUUUGAUUUAGCUUUUACCGCAUACACGGAUCACCUCUGGAGCGUGCGUUUUGAUUAUGUUUAUUGCGAAGACAUUGAUCAUCUCCUUUUUGAGAUUUGGAAUCGUGUCACUGCACAAAAGAUUACUUUCAGAGAUGCUCUGCGCAAAGUCAAUCAAGAGAAUUUGUCCCCUCCACACAAAGGGCGUAUGCAAUUUGCACUGGAUAAUUGUAUCUACUCCAAUUUGCAAUUUUCCUUUGACAUCUGCGUGGAAGGAAUCCCCGAUGACGCUCCAGAGGAUGAAGCACGUAGGUUGAUUGCAUGGGCGGUUUGGAACAAGCUUCCCAAACGGAAAACAUGGAACCAGUAUCUUAUGAGGAAGAUACAGGUCGCUAAACACAUUGGCUUGGAUCUGCAAGCUUCGUCUCUCCGAUUUUAA